AUGAAUACCUCCCAUCAUACUCAAUCCAGAUCAAUGGAAAAAAGUGCUAAAAAAAUCAUGCCCAAGAACAAAAGUGAACAACUUUACUACGCACUACUUUCUCCAACAACUCUUUCCGCCUUCAGGCCUCUGACACUGACAUAUUUUGGGACGUUCAGCGAACCCUUGCCAAACUCAAUAUCAACUUCCACACUUUCUCACUUCCAUCCGAGAGGACCCUCAAAGUUUUGGUGGCAGGCAUUCCAAAUUUCUAAUCUGAAGACGAAGUAA